AUGUCUCUGCCGGAUGUCGUGCAGCCAAUUUCACUUCUGAGGGUGUUGGUGUUGUGUUACAAGCGCAAGCUACUUUACUUAUGUGAGCCUAACCCAACUGUGAAAAACACUAGUACCCACAACCUGAGGCUGUUGUGUUACUUGAGGGGUGUGACUCUGCCAGCUAAAAAUAGUUUACAUUUGGAAUUCUGGGGACUCUUGAGAGAGUAUAAAAGUGCCAGAGAGCCAGAGGCUGUGGAGGCUGCUGCCCCACUGCUGCUGGUGCUGGGUCCUGUUGCUUUGUGGAGGCUGCUGCUCCCCUGCUGCUGUGAGCAAAGAGAUGAGAAGAAGAGAUUGGAUAUCCUGAUGACAAAGCUUGGACUUGCCCCCAAGGAAUUUGAUGCCCUUUAUCAGCAGGAACACAGGAGGAUCACCCUCCUUGGAGCGCAGCCCGGGAGGAAGCAAGAGUUGCAAGAGGCAGGAGGAGGUAGCAGCGGCUCCCAUUGGCCCAGCGCGCGCCCCUCCUCUCAGGGCGGCCCAGAAAAGGUGCCCGGGGCUGCCCCAGACAUCGGAGGCGCAGGAUUCCUUGAGAAAAUGGCUGAAUAUCUGAGGCUGCCCCACUCCCUGGCGAUGAUUCGCCUCUGCAAUCCGCCAGUCAAUUCCAUCAGUCCAACUGUAAUCACGGAAGUAAGGAAUGGACUCCAGAAAGCUGGAUUGGACCACACGGUUAGAGGCAUUGUGAUCUGUGGAGCAAAUCACAACUUCUGUGCAGGUGCUGAUAUCCAUGGCUUUCAAUCUUCCCAGGGCCUUUCAUUGGGAAGCUUGGUAGAUGAAAUACAGAGAUACCAGAAGCCGGUGGUGGCCGCCAUCCAAGGUGUGGCUCUUGGAGGAGGACUAGAGCUGGCCUUGGGCUGUCACUAUCGGAUUGCCGACGCAAAGGCUCGUGUUGGCCUUCCAGAAGUCACGCUGGGGCUUCUUCCUGGUGCAAGAGGAACCCAGCUUCUCCCCAGGGUCGUUGGAGUUCCUGUUGCCCUUGACUUAAUUACCUCAGGAAGAUAUAUUUCCACAGAUGUGGCACUCAAGCUUGGAAUUCUGGAUGCAGUUGUGAAGUCAGAUGCCAUUGAAGAAGCCAUCAGAUUUGCUCAGAAGAUUAUAGGUAAACAAUAA